AUGAUCCCAAAUGACCCAGCUCGCGUCCCUCAUCGUCUGAUACCAGCACAGCAAAUGGUUGCGCGGGACAUUACUCGGGAAUUUGUUAACGCUGCUUCUAAAUUAAAACAAGGCGAGCUUGUAAAAGAUGCCGACUUCACAUUAUUCGAAGCCGUCGGCGCGUUGGAGAUCAUGGACUCCAAGAUGGACAGUGGAUACCUAGGCCCCGGUGAAAGCCAUGCGGAAGCGCUCGAAUAUGAUUACGAUGUGAUGCGAGAGUUACAACCAGAAGAAGUGCUAGGACUCAUGGAUCAGUUGUUAUGUCAUGAGAUGGCAUGGCAUAUGGGACACCCUCUCUCACAAACUUUAUUCACAUCGAUAUAUCUCGACAAACUUCUCUGGCCGAUCCCGAAAUCCUUCGACGAAUAUACCUUCCACCGCAAUAACCAGACGCAAUCGAACCCCGAGCAAGAACAACCUCUCAUACACGUUGUAUUGAGAGCAUACUGUCUAGGAUUGGUCAAGGCCUGUGACUUGGUCCAUCGGAGGAUUACGCAAGAAUAUUAUUAUGAGGUUGGCAUCAAUGUGUUCGUCUCCAGAGGGAAGAGUGUUUCUGAUGCUGUUCAGGAAGAGGAUUUUGUCCCGCAACUUUAUAAUCGCAAUCUCCUCAGCGAAUUUGAUAUCGAGCCUGUGCAAAAUGUUCUCCAGACCGCCGUGGAGUACUUGCAGGAGCUUCAAGAGGAUAGAAUAAGUACAGCUGUCCGAGAAGCGUUGAUUGAUAGGCUACGGUUAAGGAAACAGUUCCUCGAGGCGUUGAGCAAGGAUUUGGAGGCGGGAUUUUCACAAGACAAUGAGCCUUUCAAGGCCUGCCUGACGCUGAUUCACCCGGUCGAGCAAUCCGUGACAUAUGGGAAACCCAUCCCGGAGUCGUUCACACUGAAGAUUCAAAGAAAGUUGGCGAGUACGAUACCGCCUCGGCCGAUGGUGACGAUUGAUAUCAGGGCUGCCAUCGACCAUCUGAAACGGCUGUUCCAGGAUGCUAUUGAUCUGCAUGAAAUACUGAACUAUAGUAGUCCAAGCGAUUUGAGAGUUUGUGUUUGGACGAUUGCGUCGAGAAAGCCAAACCCUGGAAUUUAUAUUCGCUGUCUCAUGCAAGCAUUCAUUGUGAAUGAGAUGAAGAUACUGGGCUCCAAAUCCGUCAAACAGCUUUUCUAUGAUGACCUCAGAGACGUUGUAUUACCAUUGAGCACGCUGCUCGACGCAGAAAAUGAAGAGUGCGAAGUGCCCAGUGAUCCUCGGUUUCAGAUACACCAAAGUAUGGAGUCUUUUGUGACUCGUGUUGCUCAUCCAUUCGUUGACACAUUCCGUACUUCGUGUUUGAAUCGAUCUCGAGUACGUCGUGCCUUGUGUCAUUCGAUCCUGGAAUGGGAUAAUCUCCAAAUCGAGGCUGAAGAACUCGACACACAUCUUCAAACUCUAACCGGCGAAGUACCAUUAACAUUGGAAAACGGCCAGUCAACAUAUGCAUAUCCACUAGGGAGCUGGGUAUAUCACGAAAAACUAAAGCAGAUGCAACUCAUCUUUCAAAUGGGAUUCGAGCUAUCCAUCUAUGCACCAGAGGAACUCGGCGGAAUGUAUUGGUACUUGUCGCAUCUAUGUUCCAGUCACCAACUCCACAUCGAGCGAAUACAAGCGUUCGUUCAGGCAGAUGGUAGAAGAAGCAAACGUUUCAGAGGCAACGAGGCCACCUUUGAAAGAACACUCACAACUCUCGGUCGUCAUAGUCUAUGGCUCAUAGCAACUGAGACAUUAUCACUCGGCCUUCAAGCGCUCUACGUGUUCCUCGAGCGUCACGGGGUUCUCCCUCACGCAGCUUCACAAUCCGCAUACUCCAGUGCCCGACUUCGAUACGAACUUCGCAUGAAGCCAUUUCUACCCAUCAGUCUGCCGGAAUUGGUUUCAUACGACCAAUAUGAAAAUAACGCCACCCUCAAGGGCCAGGCUGAUAACGAGUUGCUCAAAAGAGCCAGCGGAGCAAUUACCGAUGCCCGCAAAGCAUGGGAAGCGGUGCUUGCACAGGGCGCAUUUGUCACUACCACACAACAGAAGCAAAACAGCGGUGAAGCAGUGCGUAGAUCGGCCAUUGAGGCGGACUGGCAACGCAAUACGAAGAACUCGCUCCGAGCAUGUAUAGGCGCCAGUAUUGCGAUUCAGACAGUUACCAAGGCUUUCAGCAAAUUGUCGUUGUCGACACCCAAUACGACUGCGAGAAAGUCAUUGCCAGUCAAGGUUGAGAUUCCAGAAGUUGGCUCGACAGGGCGGUACCAUGCUUGGUGGGCAGUGCCGCGCAUAUCCGAGGUUGAGUCGGGAUGA